UCGUGAUUAGCCUGGGUGGGACCGAAUAUGAAGGCGUCUGUUGGGAGUGGCGUGUGCGCAAUGAAACUUCACGCGUCAUUCACCCAGCCCUGGGAACCCUCGGCGAAAGGAAUCAUUCUUAACUUCAGGACUCCACCAGUUGGUUUUCGUGACCGGGAAUUGCGCCGCUCACCUGAACCGAUGUCCGCGUACACGAACCUCACGUCGCUCUGGAAGCAGAAGACCAAGUCCGAGCUGAGGUCACCUGAAACAGACUUAAAAACAUCGCUGGAUGAAUGUAUAGCAGCAUUGGAUUUAUUUCUAAGCAACAGAUUUGAAGAUGCUUUGACCAAGCUCCAUUCAAAAGCCAAAGACAGCAUGUACCACUCCCUGACAUAUGCCACGAUAUUGGAAAUGCAAGCCAUGAUGACCUUUGAACCUGAGGAUAUUAUUAAUGCAGGAAAUAUGAUGAAAGAUGCCCAAGCAGUCUGUCAAAAGUUUAGGAAAAAAACCACUGUUGCAGAUUCAAUCAACAACCUGAUGAACAGGCAGACAGCGGAGGUUUUCACAGAAGAGGAAAUGCAUGCUGAAGUCUGCUAUGCUGAGUGUUUAUUACAGAGAGCUGCUCUGACUUUCUUACAGGAUGAGAACAUGAUUGGCUUCAUCAAAGGUGGCAUCAAAGUAAGAAAUAGUUACCAGACAUACAAGGAGCUUCUCAAUAUUGUGCAGUCAUCCAGCUACACUAAAGGAGAGAAUUAUAGCCAUUUGGAAGGAGGUGUUCAACUUGGAAUUGGAGCUUUUAAUCUAACCAUAUCUUUAUUGCCAACAAGGAUUCUUCGACUUUUAGAAUUUGUUGGAUUUUCUGGAAAUAAGGAAUACGGUCUGGAACAACUACAGGAAGGAGCGUCCACUGAAAACUUUCGGGCUCUUCUUUGUACAAUGCUGCUUCUAUGUUAUCACACAUUCAUGAGUUUUGUACUAGGCACAGGUGAAGGUGAUGUUGAUGAUGCACAACGAUUACUGUUGCCCUUUCUUAAACGAUAUCCAAAGGGUGCUAUCUUCCUGUUUUUUGCGGGAAGAAUUGAAGAAAUCAGAGGCAAUAUUGAUGCAGCUAUUUCACGCUUUGAGGAGUGCUGCGAAGCCCAGCAACAUUGGAAACAAUUUCAUCACAUGUGCUACUGGGAACUGAUGUGGUGUUUUACAUUUAAACGUCAGUGGAAGAUGGCAUAUUUCUACGCUGAUCUAUUGUGUAAAGAAAAUUCAUGGUCUAAGUCUACAUACAUGUACAUGAAGGCAGCCUAUCUCAACAUGUUUGGAAAAGAGGACUACAAACCCUUUGGAGAUGAUGAAAUUGAACUAUUCAGAAAGGUGCCAAAUAUGAAACAGAAAAUUGCUGGAAAGUCUCUGCCAACAGAAAAGUUUGCAAUCAGAAAAGCUCGACGGUAUCUUUCACAAAAUCCUGUAAAACUCACAGUACCUGCCUUGGAAAUGAUGUACAUUUGGAAUGGCUACACAGUAAUUGGGAAACAUCAAGAUCUGACAGAAGGCAUGCUAGAGACGCUUAACGAUGCUGAGAGGACACUUAACAGUGGCCCAGUAAAUGAGUACCUGAUGGAUGACCAAUGUUUGGUGAAGUUGCUUAAAGGUCUUUGUCUCAAACAUUUGGACAGACAGUUGGAAGCAGAAGAGUACUUUAGUUGGAUUCAUACAAACCAGCAAUUGAUCAAGUAUGACCAUUAUCUGAUUCCAAAUGCUUUACUGGAACAUGCAUUGCUUUGCAUGCAAGAAGGCAGGAAUGAUGAGGCAGUAAAAUUUCUGGAAAGUGCAAAGCAAAAUUACAAGAAUUAUUCAAUGGAAUCAAGAACACAUUUUCGAAUCCAAGCUGCUCUUCUCAAAUUGAAAUCUCUCACACAAAAUGGAAGUAAAUUAUUGCCUUCUACUCUAUAGGACAUAUUUGAAUUACCCUGACAAAACGCAUCCAGGAUCCACAUUAACGGUGCAUUACUGUCUUGGAGCAUGGUACAUCUUCCACUGCAUUUACUGGUAAUCUGUUGCAAACUUAUUGUGGUGAAGAACAAUUGCAACUGUGCUCUUAGGAACUAUAAGCACAACUGGGUUUACACGGGUUCAGGGAAACAGUGAAUUAUUGGUUUAGAAAUCUAAAGCACGAUUAUUUCUAGUUGAGUGUCUUCAUUAUUAUAAAUAUAUAAAUACAGAAUUUCAUAUGCAACCCUAAUUGUAUGAAAAAUUGGAUCAGUGGAAGGAAUACCCACAGAUGUAAAUAACUUUUAAAUAUCUGAAAAUUAAUUACUACUCAAAAUCCAUGGUCAUCCAAAGGCUACCUAACAAUAUCAAUAUUUAUCUCAAGACAUAAAUGUCUUGCAUUUAAAUAGAGC